AUGGAAACUACCGACGCGCGUGUAGAGUGGCUCUCGUCACGGCUGCGGCUGCUGCUGCCGGGCUUGACGCAAGCACACAUAGCUGUAGCACUGACGCCGGCGCGGUUUGCAGAGCCUGUGGCGGCCUUCCUCGACCGAGCCGACCUCUCGACGGCUCGGCUCUUUGCCUGGCUCGACACACCGGCUGUGGCCGAUGCUGUAGUCUCUGCCAACACCUCGGCGCUGAAAGAGUCGUAUGGUGCUGACGAGCCCGAGCCCGACCGGGUCGUCGCGAGCGGUACAGCGUCUACCAUCGUCCGCAAGCCGGUCCGCCUUGCAUCGUCGGCCACCUCGGCCUCGUCCACCUUUGAGCUUGUCCUCUCGCCGCUCCCGCGGUCUUCGUAUGCCUCGACCGCGGUAUUCUUUCUCAAGAUGCACCCCAACACUAAGCUCAAGCACUACAACAUGGCGUCCGAGGUGGCGAGCGGCACGCUCGGCGACGACUCGCUUGUUCAGAUGUCUGCACUCGCCCACGAGGUCCUCAUGCCCAUCCUCACCAACUCGGCCCACCAGGAGGCCUGGUCUGAUGUCAAGGGCAAGCUUGAAGAGACCAUGCACGCCUUUCUCGGCCAGACUUACGUGACUGUCGGCCAGACGCAUGGCCAGACCCUCCUCCCACUCCCGCCCAUCGACAUGUCGUCCAUCCGCAUCGAGAAGGAGAAGCUGCACAUGCUCGAGACCGCCAUUGUCAUGUGGUCGAAGCAAAUCAAAGGCGUUCUCCGCGCCUCGCCGCAGGACCUCCUCCGCCGCGAGGGCAUGCCCGGCCCGCUCGCCGAAGUCACGUUCUGGAAGGGCAAGCUCCGCGACCUAGUCUCGAUCGACGAGCAGCUUAACGGAGUCAAGAUUCGCAAGGUCCUCCGCAUCCUCGAGGCCACGCGCUCCACCUUUGGCUCCGCAUUCACCUCCAAGGUGUACAAAGAGGUCGAGCUCGCCCGUCGCGAGGCUGCGGACAACGCCAAGUUCCUCACUCCGCUCGAGCCGUGGUUCGCCCGUCUCGACGCCGUCGCUGAGUUUGACUCGAUCAUGCGAGUCAUCAUCCCCAUCCUCCACCUUCUCGUCCUCAUUUGGAAGCACUCCAAGUACUACCACGACCCCGACGCCAACUGGGCCGUCAUGAUCCGCCUCCUCGCCAACACCAUCAUCACCAAGGGCACCGCCCACCUCAAGGCCGCACGCCUCUUUGCCAAGCCGCCCGACGCCGCCGUCGCCGCCAUCAAAACCGUCCUUGUCGUCGCGCAGCGGUUCAAGACGCUCCAGCGCGAGUAUGCGCUCAAGGCCCAGGCCGUUGCUCCUGCAGAGGCGUGGAAGUCGAUCACCACCACCAUCUUUCGCCGUCUCGACGCCUUUAUUGCCCGCGUCUACGAUGUCCACGCCAUGUUCUCUACCGCCGUCCAGUUUGGCUCCAUCGCCUCGAUCGAGAUGGGCGGCAUCCACGGGAGGAGCCACACCCAGUCGGUUCACCAGAUCUAUGCAGACUUUGUCCACGCCCUCCGCUUCUUCGAGACCAUUCCCUAUGAUCUGUUUGACCUCGACGCUACCGCCUUUGAUCGCGACUUUUAUGUCUUUCGCACUACAGUCAAGGAACUUGAGCGCCGGACCGCCACCGUCAUCCUCAAGGGUUUUGACUCGCUCUCUACCAUCCACGACGCGUUCAAGCUCCUGCACCUCUUUGACGGCGUCCUCCCGCGCGAGCUUAUCCAGAUCGAGCUCACUGCCAAGCACGACGCCAUGCUCGACUGGACCAUGCUCGACAUCCAGACCGUCUCGCAAGAGUUUAUGCGCCGCCGCGACAUGCGAAACCCGGCGCCGCACCUCAAGAACAUGGUUUCGCUCGCCGCCAAGCUCUUCUGGGUCAAGGGCCUCAUGUCGCGCGUCCGCCUCCCCAUCGAGUACUUUAACAACUACUCGAAGGACUUGCUCGCAGACUCGGACAAGGGCAAGACCAUCCUCUCCAUGUACACCAACCUCGUCCGCUCGCUCAACGAGUACCAGCUCCAAGUCCACUCGGCCUGGUUUGACUCGUUUGCUGUCUCCUCGCUCGCGCUCAAGGCUCCGCUCCUCACCCGCCUCUCCGAAGAUGCCCACUCCACCAUGUACACCCACGUCCGCGCUCUUCCAGCGCUCAAGGCCAUGCACGCAGACUUCAACUCGUCAGCAGCCACCGCCCUCCUUGCCUCGGCCGCCUCGCCUGGACCGUCGUCGCCAGCACCAACCUUGGCAGGCUCUGCGCACAUCUCAGUCGAGCACGCGACAGCUUCGCCCGGCCUGCUUCUCUCGCUCCCGCAUAAGGUCGCUCCGCCGCUUCCGGACACUACUCCGCUCCCUCUCAGACACCGCCGCCCCUCGCUCGGCUCUAACGCGAGCUCGCCCCGUGCAAAGUCUUCUGCCGCCUCGCCAUGGGCUAUCCCACCACCGGCCCUUCUUCGCGUCAACUUUCCCAUCGAGCUCGUUCGCGCUCUUGCUGAGACCCGCGCGUGCAUUCUGCUCGGCGCCGCCGUCCCCGACGCCGCCUUUGGUCUCGCCGACAAAGCUCACGAGCUCGUCGCCCACAAGACAAAUCUCGAGAUUAUUGUCCGCAAGUACAAUACCAUUCUGCUCGACCUCGAAGCCGUCGAAGUCCCACUGUUUGCCUUUCACAUCGAGCGCCUCAACCAGUUCCUCUCCGACGCCGAAGUUGUCCUCAACUGGAAGUCGUACGGCAUCCUUGAGUUUGUCUCCUCCGCCCGCACCUACCUCGAGGAGCUCUCCGAGUCGCUCUCACAGGUCAAGGCUCUUUCGGCCUACGUCGAAGAGUCUGUCGCGGCGUGGCGUGCAAACCCGCUCUUCCACCGCGUCGCCAAAACCUACCACGUCCUCGACUUCCUCGACCAGUACUCUGUCCUCCGUGCAACCGUCUGCAACAUCAUUGCGUCAUCGGCAGACUCGAUCCACUCGCGACUUGUUCAGGCUAAUGCUGCUCUCGGCCUCUCGCGCGGCGAUCCGGCCUGGAAAGCGUACAUUGCGCACCUCUCUGCAAAGGUCGAGGCCGGCCUCCACGACACUGUCGUCGCCUCGCUCGACUACCUCCUCACCCAGCUCAUUGCCGCUGACAUCGACUCGGACGAUGAAGCUCCUGCGGUGCGCAGCUCCGAGGCUAGCCGUGGAACUCCGGGGGCUGAACGCCAGACGCAUGUCUCCGGCGACGGCCGCCACCCGCAGUCGCGCUUCGCCGCCGCCGCCGCAGCAGCAGCCUCGGCUGCAACGUCCAUCAUGGGCAGGGUUGGCGCCGGCCCGUCUGACGACCUCCGCCUCAUUCGCGCAGGUGGCAAGGCUGGCAGUGCCAAGUUAGCCGGCAUCGUCACCGACCGCUCUGGGGCCACUGCAGUCGCUUACCUCCCGCUCCUCGAAAUCAAGCUCGAGCUCGUCGGUACCAACGUGUUGUUCAAUCCUGCUGUCGCCGACAACGGUGUCGACGGGACCACCACCAUGGUUCGCGGCUGGAUCCGCGACUUUAUCGCCAUCGGUGAUCUCAUCCCACGUCUGGACAACCCAAGUACCACGUACGCUCCGGCCAUCGCCGCCUCGCCGCACGUCCGCGAGCUCUCGGAAGCCAUCCUCGCCACUGCGAUUGAGACCGAGUCGCAAGCAGCAGACGUCGCCACCGACUUUCACUCGUACUCUUACUUGUGGGAAGACGACAUCGAGGCCGAGUGCACCCGGUUCACCUCUUCCACUGCAGCCGGCGAGUUGGCGGUCUCGGCUCUCGCCAUAGGCGCCGCCGGCGCCGAGCUUCCCUGGCUUACCAAGCGCAUCCGUCACGACGAGGCCUUUGCCGCCCUCACGGACUUUGUCACCGCCAUCGACCGGCUUCACGUCCACCCCAACGGCCGCUCGCCAACCCUUCCCGAGUUUGAGGCUCUCAUUCUCAAGUACCGUGAUGUGCAGGACUCCAUCUCGGAGCUGCCCAACUCGACCCGCGUCUCCUGGCUUCGCAUCGAUUUUAAGCCGUUCAAGCAAGCGCUCAUCACUUGGGUCAUGAAGUGGACCUUCUCCUACACCAACUACCUCACCUCAUCGCUCUCGCUCGCCACCCGCUCGCUCAAGCACUUUUGCUCUCUCGCAAGUGGCCAGCUCGCCACCCAGGUCGUGCCAGGAGAGACUCAAUCCGAGUCCCUCCAGUCUGUCCUUCUCUUUGUCCGCGUCAUCAAGAAGAACGCACCCCGCGUCGAUGCCUCCUUCCGACCCAUGACUGAGACCAUCCAGCUCCUUGACCGCAACGGCAUCCGCCUCUCCGCAGACGUCACCCGCCUCGUAGAGCGCCUUGACACCUCGUGGAAGGAGCUCAAGUCACAAGCCAACGCUGCGCGUCUCCGCUCCGAGCCGUUCAUGCCUUCGGAGGCCGACAAGGUCAAGCUCGCCGUCCGCGCCUUUACGCAGGAAGAGCGUAACUUUCGCAGAACUUACCUCUCCGAGGCACCUUUUUCCCACGAGGUCUCUUCCUCAGCAGCCUUUCGGGUCCUGCAUUCGCUCAACGCGACGCUCUCUGUCCUCGAGGCCCGCUCCGAGCGUCUAUCCGAGCUGCAGGUCCUCUUUGAGCUUCUCCCGUCCGAGUACAAGAAGCUCGCCUGGUGCCGGACCGAGCUCACUCGUCUCAAAACCCUGUGGGACAUCAUUUUCAUGGCUGAGGCUCGCUUCCGCCACUGGCACGCCAUUCCGUGGGACAAGGCCCGCGCCAAGCUCAGCGACAUGGCGACACAGACCCGGGCGCUCAAGGACCAGCUCGUUACUCUCGCCGCCCCAUUUGGCCGCUGGGAUGCGUUUAUCCACCUCGAGACUCGCGUCCGGGCCAUGGACGUCGACCUGGAUCUCAUCUCCACCCUCGCCGUCCCGGCCAUCCGCGACCGCCACUGGAAGGCUGUCUCGCGUAUUACGGGCUGUGUCAUCGAUAUCUCGCCCUACACCCCGCUCCGCUCCCUCUUCAACCUCAACCUCCACGAGCACGCGCCCACCAUCCGCGCUCUUGUCGACCGUGCCACCAAAGAGCUUGCUAUUGAGUCGUCGCUCUCGCGCAUCGCCUCGUCGUGGACGUCCACACUUGUCGCGACGCAUCCGAUGCCGCGAACGCCAGAGCCCUCACUCGCUCUUGUUUUUGACUCGGUUGUCGCCUACUUUAACGCGCUUCGUGACGCCCAACGCCUUGUUGUCCUUUGGCUCAUCACGUCACCGUCCGCUGCUGCCGCAGCUGCAGACGUCGUACUCGCCACCGCCUCGGCACUCGGGCCAACUCCACCACCCGAUGCGCCCUCGGCUCGCGUCUCGGUCGUCCCACACACCCCGAUCUCACCAAUGGCCCCAUCGUCGCCCAUAUCGCCCAUGGUCAUCUCCUCGCUUCGUGGCGGCCCGCGCCAACUCCAGCCGCAGCCCCGGGCUCAGCCGCCCUCGGACUCGCUCAACCUCUCGUCGUCGUCAAGCAACAUCCUCGCCCCAGCCCACUACCGACUUGGCUACCCGACCCGCGCCGCGGUGGCCGCCGCUACCGAACUGUCCUCGGCCGGCGCCGACGCCGCUGCCAAUGCUGGUCACGCUCGCUCAAGCUCGGGCGGCGGCCACCUCCACGCACCAUCUGCCGGCCGCCACGGGCCGCUCGGCUCGUUUGUAUCCGGCUCUGCACCGGGUCAGAACCAGGGCUCGGUCAUGAAUCGCGCGCUCCAGUUUAUGAUGGGCGGCCCAGCGGCCGCUGGCCGCGAUGACAUCCCUGAGCACGUGCCCAGGACUCAGCGGAGCCUUGGGCGAACGGCGUCUUCCGACGCGCUCCAGCGAAACAGUGGCGUGCGCUCGUCGCGUACGCCGCGAACGCCGCGAACGCCGCGGACGCCGACCUCGCCGCUCACCCGCGUUGCAAACACCAAGACAGCGUCGUCGCGUCACGUCGAGUUUGACCUCCCGGCCGAAUCUGACGAGUCUGACGCUGGCGCUACCGAUCCCGACGACGAUGACGAUAUUUUCGUCACCACUCAUCUCUCCGACGCCGACGCCGAGAGCGACGUCGAUGACGACCAGUUUUUUGCCCUCCUUGAGUCUUCGAACCCGCGCCUCGCCGAGUCGCUCACAUCAAUGAUCUCCACCGUGACUGCCGAGGGCGGGCUCGACGGUAGCAACGACUCGGAUGACGACAAUGUAGCCGGCGGCAAUUUUGGUGACCAUGUGCGUCACGAGCAGCUGCCGCCGCCACCGAGCCUCACCGUCACUCCAGGCAAGCUCACGCCCGAACUGCGCGAAGCCCUCGUCGACGUACGCAAGCUCGUCGAGGCUCUGGUGCCGGACGCAGCCUCGCGUGCUCGCAUCCUCCGGCUUCGUCGCAAGGUCCGAUCCGUAGCGUCGCCGGCGCCAUCGGCGGUUCUUGCGCCACUCGGCUCGGUCUUCUCCUCGCUCAACGAGCACCUUGUCGAGCUCGAGCGUGUCCUCGCCUCGCCGCACGUCUCCAUCUUUGCCAUCGAGGUUGCCAAGUGGCAAGACAAGCUCAAGCAGGCGACAAAGGCCCUCGCGUCGAUGCUGGCUGUCCAGGACAUGUACCUCGCCAACUCAUUUUGCUUCCUCCGCCUCGCCUCGGUCGCCACCCUCGAGUCGACCCUUUUACGUGCAGACUCGAUCCAAAGCGCGCUCAUGGGCUUCCUCUCUACCAUUGCCACCGAGCUCAACACUCCGCUCGACGAGCUCCGCGCCAGCUCGCCGCACCUCAAGCGCGCGCUCGCUCUCCUCAAGCGGCCAAAGCCCUCGCUCGACUCGCUCGCCCGUUCCAACCCGGGUGGUUUUGACAUCGAGAUUGCUCGCUUCACAGGCAUCGACAGCGAGUGGUCUUCGCUGAUGUCGCUGGUCUCAAGCAAGACGACCAACGCGCUCGACCUCACUACCCGUCCCGGCGUCCACGCCCACCUCGAGAACAUGACAACCCAGCUCGAGCUCUGCCGCCACUCGCUCAACCUCUUUGCCGCCGCCAAGCAGUCAAUCUUCCCGCGGCUCUAUCUUCUUGCGCCGGGUGAACUCCUUCAGCUUCUUGCUGCGUCGACCGUGCCGUACCUGCAGACUCGGCUUGUAGUCCCGCGGCUCUUCCCCGGUGUCCGCUACCUCGACUUUAACUUUCCGCUCGAACAGACCGCACCCAUCACUGCCCGCUCGCCGUCGUCAUUCUCACUCGCCUCCAAGUAUCGCAACAUCAUCGGCGUCUACGCCUGGUCGCAGCAGCGGGUCCCGUUUGGCACGGCUGUUCCCUCGGACGGCAACGUUGAAGACUGGCUCGCGGCCGUCGAGCACGCGCUCACCGCCACCGUCGCUGGCGGCAUCUCGACAGCGCUCUCGUCGCUCCUGGCUUCGCCACUUGGUGCAUCCUUUGGUGACGCGCUCGCUGCCGCCGGCGCUGCUACCGCCGCUGCCUCGUAUGCCUGGCUCAAUCCGUGGGUCCAGAACCACACCACCCAGGCCGCCAUCCUCGCGCUCUCCAUUCUCUUCACCGCCCUCGUCGAGCAGUUCCUAGUGAGCUCGUCGCCGAACGCCCGGGCGCGGCCGCGGCUCCAGGCUCUCGGCCGCGAGCUCACUGCUGCGUCGGCUGCGCUCACCUCGAUGCCACACCGAGUCUCGCGCCUUGAUGCGCUCAAGAUCUCGAUGUUUCUUACCCGCGUUGUCGGCUUCCGUGACCUUCUCGAGCAUCUCAUCCUCAAGCACGUCGAGGCACCCAGUGACUUUCACUGGGCCUCGCAGCUGCGGUACUACGUUGAGGAAGGCACGCUCGUCGCCCGGAUGUUCAACUCCGGGUUUACGUUUAAGAACGAGUUUGUCGAUCUCGAGCGGCCCUUUAUCUACACUCCGCAGACGCUCAAAGUCUUCCACGGCCUGGUCAUGUCCAUCGAGUCACGUCAUCCGGCUGCCAUCGUCGGCCCACACGAUACCGGAAAGACCCAGACCAUCACUGCCUUUGCCAACGCACUCGGCAUGCCGAUCUUCAAGGCCGUCGCCCUCCGCUCCACCUCGUACCUGCAUCUUACCUCGCUGUUCAAGGCAACUGCUGCCUCUGGAGCCUGGCUUCUCAUCGACUCGCUUGAAGUGGUGCCAGCCUCGAUCCUCUCGCUUGUCUCUACCCUCCUCAUGUCCAUGUACGCUGCGCUCCGAGCCAACGUCAGCGUCCUCGACUUUGAUCCGGUCGUCGACCCCGACGCCCAUACCGGGCCAAAGCGGGGGCCGGUCGGUGGCAAGAAUGCGGGCUCGGGCGCCAAGCCACCGGUCCAUCCCGCGCUCUCGCGCCUUGGUCUGGAGUGGUCUGUGGCGCCUGAGCGCCGCUCGCUGCAAGUUCCGCUCCUCCCCUCGGCCAAUGUCUUCAUCACCUCACGCCCGAUGCAGUCGGCUUCGGAGGCCUCCGAAUCGUCGGCCACGCUCUCAGGCUCGUCUAUCGCGUCGACGCUCGGCGGCUCCACCUCCAACGGCGCCCGCGCCCGCGCCUCAACUGCAGGCUACGGCAACUUUGCGUCGGAGCUCGAUGAGCUCGAAGCGCAUGCCGCUGGCGAGACAAGUACUCGUGGUGGCGACGGCGAUGGUGAUGGCGGGAAUGGACGCGAAAGCCGCGGUUCGCGCCAGCUCGACGCCUUUAUCGGCACGUCAGCUCUUCUUCGCCCGGGCAUCGGCCGGCAGGGCUCGGACGAGUCGAAUCCAGCAGCGGCGACACUGUUGUCGCUGCCGGGUCUCCCACUCACCCUCUCGGCACAGUUCCGACCCAUCGGCCUUGUCCAGCCCGAUCACGAGAUCAUUUGCCGAGUCAUUCUCGCCUCCAAAGGCUUUGUCAAGGCCGAAACUCUCGCCAAAAAGACGCUGGCCCUCUUCCGGCUUGCUCGCGAGCACAUCUCACCCCAGGCGCACUACUGGUGGGGCCUCCGGCCGAUGCUCUCGGUCGUCGAGCUUGCUGGCAGACUUCGGCACGCCGAGCCGGACCUCUCCGAGCUGCCUAUUCUCAUGCGAGCGCUUCGCGAUUACAACACGCCCAAGGUGCUCUCUGGCGACACGGCACUCUUCCAGUCGGUUAUCGAGGACCUGUUUCCAUUCCUCGACCAGGAGCGCCAGCACGACAUGCUCUUUGAGCGUGUCGCAUCCGAGGUGCUCAACGAGUGCGGCCUGCAGCCGACCGAGGCCUUUCUCAACAAGCUCUAUCAGCUGUAUCAGAGCCUCUCGCUCUCGCGGAUGGUACUUGUUCUCGGGCCGACCGGCGUCGGCAAGACCACGCUGUGGAAGGUGCUCGCCCGAAUUGUCCCUCGCCUUGCCGCCGAGCUGGGUGGCGACAUGGCUGCCAAGGCCUCUGCUUACGCGGCAGCCUCGGGCGUCUCGCUCAACGAUACAUCCCUAGCCUCGCUCCACGUCACUUUUGGCCUGCCCGGCGAAGAUGGGACAACAGCUUCGGACGACGGCUCUGACAUGGGCUCGUCCGUCGCCACCGCUUGCGACCGUGAGCAUGAGCCAGCAGGAGACCCCUUCGCCAGCUUCCUCGACUCGUCGAUGGUGCCGGGCGGGACCGGCAUGAGCGCCUCGUUCUCUGGUACCGGAGGCGGCAAGGCUCAUGUCCCCACCUCCGGCUCCAACGCCGAGCUCCGUGACAACAUUCUUGGUAUCGACUACGCGCACCAGACCUUAGACAAUGGCGACGAGGCCGGCCUCCCGGGCCUCGCGUGGAUCCACAACAUCGCGCUCUUCACCAAAGUCCGGACCACGCUCAUCUGUCCAAAUGCGCUCCCGCUCAAGUAUCUCAUGGGCCACGAGGUCAUUGAUACCGCAUCCAAGCAGCGGCCGCUGCCUGCCGGGUGGACAGACGACGCCCACAACCCACCGCCCAACGUGGCCAUCAAUGCGUCACGGUACUCGGACGGUGUGCUCCCGCUGGCCGUCCGCCGCGCACUAACCCGCUGCUCGUCGCAUGUGUACGAGUCCCUCGCUCGCGCCCGUGCCAACGCCGCACGCGGUGCCGGCGCUGUCGACUCGGCGUCAGCCCCCGACCCGACCGGCCGGCCGUCCACCGCCGGCACUCGUCCGAGCUCAGCCGCGUCGGCUGCGUCGGCGGCCUCGGUCACGCUGUCCGACAUUGUCGCCGACGUUCUUGGCGGUGUUGCCGUCUCCAACGGGCGUGGCUUCCGGCUGGUACCGAUGGACGUGGCCGGCGAGUGGAUUGUGCUCGACGGCGACAUUGCGCCCGAGUGGGCCGACGUCCUCAGCUCGGCCUUUGACGAGGCCCGCGCCGUUCCGCUGUCGUCGAACGAGCGGCUGGUGGUCGACCCGGAGCAUGUGCACUUUGUCAUCGAGUCGAACCAUCUCGUGCACGCCUCGCCGUCGACCAUUGCGCGUGGUGCAACGGUGUAUGUCAACGGGACCGACGUCGACUGGAAGGCGUAUGUGCGGGCCUGGCUCCGCCGCCGUCGGUCGCGCGAGGAAGAGGCCAUUCUCUCGUCACUCUUCCAGUUCUACAUCGACGACGUCCUCACCUUUGUCUGUUCGCCACGGUUCGUCCCGCAAAUGACACCCAUGGCCGCGGUCGAGCGCUUCUGCCGCAUGCUCGAGGCACUUCUCGUCCCGCAGCACUGCCCGCUGGGCUCGCCCAAAACCGACUAUGAGGCCUACUUUCAGUUUGCCUGCAUCUGGGGCCUCGGCGCGUCGCUUGUCAACACCCGGACCUCCGACUAUCAGCACGAGUUCUCCGAGUGGUGGAAAACCGUCUUUCGCGAGGUUCGCUUCGAGGACGGCGGCUCGGUCUUUGACUAUUACGUCCACGAGUCAAAGAAGCUCAUGGUGCCGUGGGAGGAGGCGACGCCGUCGUGUGUUCUCGAGCUCAUCGACUCACAGGAUCUGUUUGUACCCACCAGCGAGGCCAUCAAGGCCGCGUACAUGCUCAAGCUCACCAUGGACGCCGGCAUCCCCACGUUGGUGGUCGGUGAGCCCGGUGUCGGCAAGUCGACUGUCAUCCGCUCGUACAUCCGUUCCAUUGAGGACUCGCGGGUUAGCUCCAAGUUUGCAACAUGGAGCGCAGCAACGUCCGUCGAGGAUGUGGAGGCCUUUGUCACGUCGGCGCUGCAGUUUUCGUCCGGCAGAGUCCUGGGCCCGCCGGCGACCAAGUCGAUGAUUCUUUACAUUGACGACAUGAACAUGCCGAGUUCGAGCCAUGUCUAUGAGCUUCUCCGCCAGAUUCUCGACCACAAGACCAUGUAUGCCUCCUCCGAACUGGCUGCUCGGAGUCCAGUGGCGUCGGCGCAGCUCCAUCCGUGGCACGUCCGCGGCGUCCAGGUUGUUGCCGCCAUGGACCACCUCAUGUCGCCCAUGUCUGCGCUCUCAGCCCGCCUCCUCCGGCAUUUUUCGCUCGUCACCUUUCCCUACCCGGAGGAGGCCUCGCUCCGCGAGCUGGCGUCCAUCUUUCUGGGCAAGGCCUCGCCGGUAACCUUUGCGUCGGGCCUCGACGGCAUGCGCCUUGGCCUUGUCAACGCCACGGUCGAGGCUCACGAGACGCUCCGUCGCCGGUUUGUGGCGCGCGGCACACGCGCACACUACCUGUUCAAGGUCAACGACAUUGGCGAUGUCUUUCGUGGCAUGGGCCUCGUUCUCGCCGACGACAUUCUUGCCGACCCGACUUCGCUCGUUCGCCUCUGGGCCUACGAGCUCGCGCGAGUCUAUGGCGAUCGCCUCAUCUCGGCCGCCGACCGCAAUCUCUUUGAGCACCUCCGUCGCAACCUUGUUUCCAAGUACUUUGAGGUGGUGACCCCGGCGGCGGUCUUUGCCCACGAACCUGUUUACGCCCACGCGUCGCUCUCGGCUGCUGUCGAUCUCGACAUGGCCCAAGGCCAGGGCGAUGACAGCGCCAGCCUGCCCGGCUCUGCGCUCGAAGGCCAAGGUCUCGGCGACCGCACCCCUGGCCAGUCCACGAGCUUUGGCCUUUCGAUGUCACUGGGAAACCCCGGCCUUCUCAUCCCGCACCAAGGUGUAGGUGGUGGUGCAGGUGGUGGCGGCUUUGCGCUUGCUCACCCAGGACGUGUCAACUCGAUGAUGCUCGCCACCUUUGCUACCACCCCGCAAGCGAUGACUGCCCGUGGCGGGCUCUCGUUUCUGCCGCCUUCCGGCGAGAGCAGCGGCGACAUGGCGUCCAACGUGCUCACCGCCAUUCUUGCACGGUCGUUCUCGCCGGUUCUGCCGGGCAUGUGGAUGCUCGUCGGCGGCGGCGCGACCGGAGUAAGCGGCAGCCUAGCUGCAGGCGACGCCGAUGGAUUUGCUGGUGACAGGCCUCGCAUGGCCGAGGCCGAGCUCAGCCGGAGCGCAGGCGCCGGUUCCAGUUCGCCGUCCAAGGCACCGACCGCGUCGCGCGUUAGCAGCCUGGUGGGGCAUGAUGACGGCGACGCGAGCUCGGUGGGCCAGAGCCCAUCGCUCCUUGCCGGAAUUGAGUCUGCCGGCCUCCUUAUGUCGCCGUGGACGGCGUCGGGAGCCUCGCGCAGCUCGGAAGGUCAAGUGGGGAGCAGCUCGCAGUUUGUCGCCAUGCAUUCGGGCGGCUACUUUCGAGAACUGCUGCUCGGCUCAAUGCUCUCGGAUCGUGGUCUGGCGAUCAAGCUGCAGGAGCUCUCGUAUGCUGGCUCAUUGGUUUUUGAAUCGUUUGUCAUUGCACCGCUCCGCGGCUCGUUUGCGGCCCACAGUACGUCGAGCACGCGUGGUGUCGACGCCCGUCACCCGCCGCAACGACCAAGCCCGCGGCCGGUGCGCCAGUUUGAGCAUGCAAGUGGGGAAAGGACUCGCCUGCAGCGGGACACACUCGGGCGCGGCCUGCAAAUGGGUCGCGUCCCGCCGCCGGACCCCGUCUCCACCCUCCACGAGCCGCUGGCGUCUCUCUUUCGCCUGUUGUACCUCGAUGUUGAGGCCGCCGCCGAUCACGCGAUAGAUGAGCUGUUGGCGCGAGCUGGAGCUAUGCUUCGCAAGUCGCAGUCAUUCUGUGGCCUACUGGCCGAUUCAUGGCGGCAGCUCCAGGUGCCAACCCAAGCGCCGGAGCCGGCCAUCACCGCGUUGCGGACGCCACUGCGGCUGCUCGGCGUGGCGCGUCCGCGAUCGGUCUUCCACAACAUGCCCCACAUCGAGGCUGCGAUUGCGUCCGGCAUGCUGUAUCCCAAGCUUGCGGAGCACCUCUCGCACUUGCUUCGGAUUGUGGAGCUCAACCUGAGCCAUGCCAUUGUGGUGGGCGAGCAAGCCGGGUUUGUCACCUCGAUGGCUGCGGUGGUUGCCGGGACGCGGCUUGUCCGCUUUCCACAGACCGUCGACUACGAGGCCUUUGUCACUGUCUUUUCCGAGGCGCUGCUUGAGGCUGGCGUCCACGGCGUGCCGCAAGUGGUGCAAAUCGACAUCGAGCAUGUGCUUACCGGUGCGGCGUGGGAGCGGCGGAGGCGGCCGUUUGGCGAGUCAGGCUCGUCAUCGACGCCCUCGGGCGAAGCAGCCACCACGCCGGAUGGUAGAAGCGCGUCGGCGGGCGAAGGAUUUGCCGGUGACGGCAACAGUGACAGCGGCGGUGCACUUCCGAUGGACGUCGACGUGCUAGCGCGGCUCAACGAAUUUGUCUCGACCGGCAACGUGGCAUCGCUGUUCUCGGGCGACGAUCGCGGGCACAUCACCCGGGCGCUGCGGUCGCAGGCAAAGUCGCGGGGCAUGGUCGACUCUGUGGAGGUCUGCUGGGAGUUUUUCCUCGCCAACAUUGCAGAGAAUCUCACUCUUGUGCUGUGCGUCACCGACUCGUCCGGCAAGUCGCUCGGCUCGCUGAUGCGCCAGUUCCCGACACUGGUGCACUCGAUGUCGCUCAUGUGGAUGUCGCCGCUGCGGCGGGCGGACUUGACGGCCAUUGCGCUCGAGUCGCUGGCUGACUUUGACAUGGGCAGCCACAUGUCUGCUGCUGACCGCGAGAACGUGGCGCAUCACCUGGCGAUGGUCUUUGAAUCCGUCCGCGCCAAGCAAGCCGAGCUCGGAGCGUACGAAGAACUCAUGCAGAGCCGGCGGUCCGACGGCGGUGGGGUGCGGUCGAGUGGACGGCGCGCGCGGUCGACAGCAGCACGCGGCGGGCUCGCGGGCUCAAGCUCGGGCGCCGGGCCGGCCGGCGGCUCGGGGGGCGGAGGGUCAGGACCUGGCCUCGGUCUCUCGUACCCGGUGGCGCCGAUGCGAUCGUUCUUUGUCCUCCUCUCCAACUUUAAGGCCAUUUUCACGGAGCAACGACUGCAGCUCUGGUAUGCAGCUGACAAGCAGGCUGUGGCGCAGAGCAAGGUGGAAGAGCUCGACGCGUUUGUAGCGUGGCUCGACGCCUCGCUCAAGCGCGAAGAGUCAGUCUUUGCCAUCAAAACGGCGGCGACUGACAAGCUGCUCUCGCAGGUUGGGCGUGACCGCGGCCUCAAAGAGCAGCAAGUGGCCAAGGCUGCCAGCGAGCAGGAGCUUGUGGCCGAGCUCAAGUUCCGCCUCUCGGAGCUAAGCUCCGAGCUCAACGAGGCGCGUGCCUUUGCGCGGCCGCGCUACGAGGCGGCGCUGACGGCACUGGAGAGUCUCAACAAGGUCAACGUCACCGAGCUGCGAACAAUGGUGAAUCCGCCGCGGGAGGUCCGCGCCGUUGUUGCCGCCGCCGUCGUUCUCGCCUCCAACUCGGGGGCGGAGACCGAUGUGCGGUGGUCACUGUGCAAGCGGAUGAUGGCGCAGGUCGACGCGUUUGUGGCACGACUGACCAGGCUUGAUCCGCAUGUCAUCUCGGGUGAGUGCGCUGCCGAGGUGAUGCGGUACACCGACAUGCCUUUCUUCUCAAAGGAGGGUCUCCGGCUGGCCGGAACGGCAGUGGCGGCGCUCGCCGACUGGGUUGUCUCCAUCAUGUCGUACCACCACGCGUAUCAGGAGGUACUUCCGGUGGAGAACGAGCUUAACAAGGUCCGCGCGAGCCUCGAGAUGGCGCAGACACGGGUGCUCUCGCUUCGGGAGCGGGUCGAUGAGCUCGGAGGGCGCAUCCAGGUGCUUACGGCCUCGUUUGAGGUCGCAUCGUCGGAGAAGAUCACCCAAUCGCAAAAGGUAGUCGAGAUCCGCGACCAGCUCGAGAAGGCCCGCCGUGUACAUAGUGUCCUCGCGCCGCUCUCGUCCGAGUGGAGGCUUGGCGUACUGGACAUCGGCUCGCGCAUCUACGCGCUCGUUGCCGACGCGCUUCUCGCGGCGUCAUUUGUCACGUUUGCUGGCCAGUUUGACGAGACCACACGUGCCGAGCUGAUGGACUCGGUGUGGAAGCACGACUUGCAGCAGCGGGCGUUCCCGGUCUCUGAGCACGUACCUGGCGUGGCGCUGCUGACGAGCAUGGAGGAUGUGCUCCGGUGGCAAACGCUCGAGCUCGACGACAACAUGAUGCUGACCCAAAACGUGACCAUUUUGCUCAACGCAGUUCGAACUGUGGUCCUCAUCGAUCCAGCACACUCGCUAGUCGCCUUUCUCAAGCGGCUGUACGACGACCUCGGCAUGCGGCGCAAGGCUGCAGCGGCAACGCUUCAAUCGUGGGUCAUGAACGUGGUUGCCGGCCAAGCCGCCGCCGGGCGAAAGAGGAGCUCGACAACCAACGCCGGAGCCAAGGCCGAGAUGACCAAUGCGCGUGGCUCGCAACGGACACGCAAUCGCAUGGCGCGUCUGAGACGGAUGAACUCGACGACACCAGGGGCAUCGAUCUCAAACUCGGUGUCCCCAUCGGUCUCGCGGUCGCGAUCUCGGUCGCGGUCACGGUCGCGCUCGCGGUCGCGGUCGCGGUCGCACACACGGGCACAGCACCGGGUGAGGCAACGCGCGGCAAAGCAGUCGCACACGAGCGAGUCGAGCUCGACAAGCUCGAGCUCGAUCAGCAGCGAUGGCAGCGAUGGCAGCGAUGGUUCCGAGAGCGAGACGGACGGGUCGUCGGACUCGUCUCAUGGUCACUUUUUGCGAUCGAUCCACAAUUCGGCGGCAUCGCUGCUGGCCUCGGUCUCGUCGGGCGUGUUGGCUGACGCUGCCGAUGCUUCGCAGACUAUUGUGGAGGCUGUUGAGGCGGCACUGCUCGCGCUUGCGACGCCGAGUCGGGAGUUGAGCUCGGUGUUGAAGGAGCUCGCCAAUGAGGGGCCGGCGGCUGUAGCUCAGUUUGUCGAUGCGCUGCUGCCACCUGCACAGAGUGUGACGAUUCUCAACUGGGAGACCAAGUCGCGCGGCCUCCUCCGAACCCAACUGGAGAACGCGGUGACGCAUGGCUCGCUUGCUCUGUUCCUUGUCUCGGAUGCGUCGCUAGUGCCAGCCGAGCUGGAGGCGCUGGUGGCGCGCCGAACGGUGACUGAAGGCGGGACCAAGUACGUGUCACUGGGCGAGGGGACCAAGGUUGAGUUUAACGACGCGUUCCGGCUGGUGGUGGUGGUGACCGAGUGGUGCUUGCCGCUGGAGCCUGCGUGGCUCCGGCCGCACGUCAACGUAAUCAACGGCGUUCCGCUUGAGGUUGCCCUCGAGUCGCGACUUUUUAUGUCGUCGUGUACCGCGCUGAUGCCUGGGGUGCUUGCUGACGAGCGGAUGCUCGCGGGUGCGUGGCUGGAUCUUUCUGCGGCCAGCGAGCGGCUGGCGAACGCGCUGCUCCACCAUGUGGCGUACACGCCGCUGGUCUCAGCCGACUUUCACGCUGAGCACUUGUUCAACUUGCCUCCUGGAGCCGGGCCGCCGCGGCCAGCGCGCGGGGAUCGUACAGUCCGGCCUGUGCGCGGAAGCAAUGACGAUGGUGGAGGCGAAGAUAGGAGCGGGAGAGGACUGGCAGCCGGACCGGCGGAGCGGCGGCGGCGGAUGCUGCGGCGUGGCGAGUCGAUUGCGCGGCUGGGCGCGGGGCGGGCGUCCAGCUCGGAGCUUUCGCGGCGGGGCACGGCGUCGAUGACAUCGCUCGGUGAGAGCGGCGAGUUCCCGCUCCGGUACAACUCGAUCUUUUCGACAACUGACUAUGUGCGUGCGGCCGAGGCUGCCGACAUGGCGGCUGGGCCGUUUGAGUCGCUUGUGGAAGGAUUUUCCAAGCUCUCGCACCUGGUCAAGCUCAAGCUGACGGUGGAGGAGACAGUGGAGGAGGUGGAGAACGCCAACUCGAUGCGGCAGAUGGAGCUCGAGGCGCUGCGGCCGCUUGCGGCGCGCGGGCGGCUGGUGCACUCUGUCUUUACCCGGUUUGCGCGCCUCGACGAGCUGCAGGACUACGAUGUCCGGCUCUACCUUCGGGUGUACUCGUCGAUUGUGGACGAGUUUGCGCGCGAGUCGGGGCUGCUUAGCUCGGACCGAGUCGGUGAGCUUGUGGGCCAAGUCACGCUCUCGCUGUUCCGGAUGUAUCUUCGCGGCCUCUCGCGCGAGACCAAGGACGUGGCCGGUCCUGUCCUCUGUUUCUCGAUCAUGCUUGCCGAAGGCAGCCUCACCGACACGCAGAUGGCGUUGCUUGUGGCACCUGAAGGCGGCGAGGACGGAUCGGUGCGCAGCGGAAGCGGCAGGAGCGGGGGCGUGGAGAACAACCCGCUCUCGCCGUACUUUUCGCUCGAGCAGUGGCGUGCGCUUCACGCGCUCUCGAACACACACGAGGGCGACCUGUCGCAGCUCUCGCUGGUGGUGCUCGGCGCGCCGGAGGUGUGGUCGCGAUGGGCGGUGCAAGACGCGCCCGAGGCGGUGCCGCUGCCGGGCGAGUUUGGGCGGGUGUCGGACUUUGACAAGCUGCUUGUGAUCCGUGCGCUGCGGCCGGACCGGCUGCAGCGGGCAAUGGUCCGGUUCACGCGGCGGAACCUCGGAGCGGCGUUUGUAGCCGAGACCGAGUUUAUGGCCGAGUUUAUGGCAACGGUGGAAGGCGCGUCGCCAACGGUCCCGAUUCUGUACGAGAGCGAGGCGCGGCUGACGCUGACCGAGCUAGUGUCGAUGGCUGCGCGGAAGUCGGACAUGCCGUUGUCGCAAGUCCGCGUUGUGCACUUUGGCGCCGCGUUGCCGCAGCAAGAGUUUGGCGCUGCUGGCGACGAAGAUCUGCUGGAUGCGGUGCGAAAGGCGGUGCGCAAGGCGCAUCGGCGCGGGCACUGGCUGGUGCUGGAAAACGCACACGCGAUGAACGCCUCGUGGUUUGCACACCUCCAACAGUGGCUCGCCAAGGGGCCACGCACCGGCCGGGCGCGUGUUUUUAUCUCGUUUGAGCCCGUGGUCCGCCCGGGCGGCUCGCCGCGGAUCCCGCUGCCCAAAUGGCUUGUGCGUGAGGCGUUCAAGUUUGUGGCGCGCGAGGUCGGCUCGCUCCCGCAAGUGCUCGAUCGGACGGUUGCGGCGGUGACGGCUUCGCAGUGGCAGGCUACCCCUGUGGUCAUCGGCCUUGCGUACAUCCACGCGGUGUUUGUCAUGCGCGAGCGGUACUUGGCAGUGGGGUGGAACGAUGAGCACGCCUUUGCGCUCCGUGACUUUGUGUACGGUCUCUCGCUGCUACGAGCGGUGAUGGAGUCGUCCGAAGCCGCUGACGUGCCGUACAAGCUGGUGCGGUAUCUGGUGACGGAGAUCGGGUACGGUGGGCUCAUGCUCGACGAGCGCGACGAGCGGACGGUCAACGUGUACGCCGGGCGGGUACUCAAGGCCGACCUCGAUCCGACCUCGCUGCUAGUCACGGCGUCGGGGCUGGACGCCGAGACGGUGGCGAUUGUGGCGCGACGGGCAGCAAGCGCAGUGGUCGAGGCUCGCGAGGCCGAAGCCGAGCUGGAGCCCGGUACGAGCGAGAGCGGCGAGGCACAGCUGAGCCUUGUCUCGCGGGCCGGGCUCGAGCUCGGUGAGCUGGCCGAGAUGGACGAGACGGUGCGGCGGCAGGCAGACGCGGCCGAGGCGCGGCAGCGGAUCGAAACGAUGCGGGUGCUGAUGGAGUCACCGUCGGUGAUGCGGUGGCGACUGUCGCAGACGGCGACGGUGGAGAACAUGGUGCAGGACUUUCUCGAGCGGCUGCCGGGCCUGUUUGACCUGGCGGAUGUGCUGGAGCGGCUGGAGGGCAAGCAGUCGCCGUUUGUCGACGCGUUUGUGCAAGAAGUCGACCGCGCCAACGGGGUCAUCACCUCGCUCCGCUCAUUCCUCGUUCUCCUCGACGCCGGCCUCCGGGCCGAAGUCGCGGUCUCGCCGGGCAUGCAGUCGAUGAUGGAGGCACUGACGGCCGGGAGCGUACCUGCGCUCUGGCAGGAGCUGUACAUCUCGUCGCUGCGGCCGGUCAAGGGCUGGUUCGCCAACCUCCUCGCCCGCAUUGCCAUGCUCCGCGAGUGGGUGACGACGCUCACGCUUCCGGACGUGGUCGACCUCUCGCUCCUCUUUGCGCCGUGGUCGUACCUCUCUGCCAUCAAGCAAGUGACGGCGCGGAAGAACCACUGGGACUAUGACAAGCUGACGCUCAAGACCCGAGUCACCGGCCUCGCUGUCGACGGCAUGAUCCGUCUUCCCAAGGACGGCGUGCUCGUGACCGGCAUGUGGCUCGAAGGCUGCGUGUGGGAGGAAGGCCGCGGCCUGGUGCUCUCGCGGAACCAGCCUGACUACGCGGCGCAGCUCUACACCUCGCAGUCGAAGCUCUCGGUUGUCCACGUGGUGGCGGUGCAGGAGGCCAAGCGCGGCCCUGCCCGCCGUGGCAAGCGCCACUUUCAGGCCUCUGGCGGCCCGGCGUGGGGCGAGAUCGGCCCGGGCAUGGCAUCGGUCUUUGACGCCGACCACGACGUCGACGCCGAGGUCCUCGGCCCCGCCAAGCAGCAGGAAGUCGCCGACAAGCAGUACGAGUGCCCAGUCUACAUCUCGCAAGAGCGCGGGACCUCGUACCUCUUCACCUCGCUCCUCGAGACCGACGAGAGCGUGCACGAGUGUGUCGAGGCAGGUGUUGCCAUCGUGCUCGACGUUGCCGAGCAAAAGUAA